UAAAACCAGGAAAGAUAUACUGUUUUAUUAUCACUUGCAUUUUAAAAAGAUGUAAAACUAAACGAAUUCUAGAACAGUGACAUUUUAUUGUAAAAGAAAGUAUUUAGCAAAAAGUUAUUUUAUCUUAUUCUUAAAAACCUAUGUACAAUUUAUAAAAUGGGGAGGGACUUCGCUCAGUCGGUUGAGUGCUCGCUUGAGGUGCUUGCAUCGCAGAAUCGAAUCACCUCGGUGGAUCCAUUCACCCAAUUGUUUUUUUCUCUCGUUCCAACCAGUGCACCACAACAGAUCAAUUUAAGGCCAUGGCACAGAGUCUUCAGAUUUGCAGUAUAGACCCAGAUGUGAAAGAAAAGCUAAAAAAGUUUAAAUUUAGGAAAGAAAAAACUAUUGCAGCUAUAAUAUUGAAAAUUGAUCCUGAAAAACUUACUGUGAUUAUCGAUGAAGAAUAUGAGGAUUGCACAAUUGACGAGGUUCAGGGGGAACUAUCUUCAUCACAACCGCGUUACGCCGUCAUCAGUUACAUCAACACACACAGCGACGGCAGAGUGUCUUAUCCUUUGAUUUUCAUCUUCUGUAGUCCUCUAGGCUGUAAACCAGAAUUUCAAAUGAUGUAUGCGGGCAGUAAACUGGCUGUUGUUGAUGCAGCAAAGGCAACCAAAGUUUUUGAUAUUCGCAACCCAGAAGAUCUCACAGAAGAAUUUAUUAAAGAAAAAUUACAAUUCUUCAAAUAGUGAUAGUUUGAUAUUUUAUGACAAACAACUUUUACUUUAAAAAAGACAUGUGGAAAACUGCUGUAAAGUGUUGAAAAUUGUGUCAUUCCAAGCAGAACAAAAUUGUUUUGUUUCAUGAUCUUACUGAUUUUGUAAUAUUUGACACUAUUAUAUAGUAAUUUUUAUAUCUUGCUAUGCAAGACACGCAUUCUUAUUUCAUCCUACUUAGUGUUCAUAUUUUUAGCUCAUCAGCGGAGCUUUUCUAAUACAGAUUUGUUUGGUGCCUGUCCAUAUACUUUUCCUUUAAAGUCUAUCUUCUCCUACAUUUUUGAUUGAAUUGUUCUGAAACUUGGUACACUGGUGGCACUAUAGUCUGCACACCUAAUUAUUUAUGGUAUAUUUUAAGGGCAAAAUCUAUCUUAAAAAAUAUUUGUUUUACCGCCACAAUACAAUGGAACAAUAAACGUGUUACUACUGAAAGUUAAAAAAAUAAAAUAAUCCCCCAUAAUGAUCUGUUUUCCCCCAUUCCAAUCAGAGGCCCAUGCAUGCAUAGAUCCAGGGAGGGUGACACACACCAAACGUUUUAAUUAGUGUCUUAAAAUUCCAGUACAUACAGUAGCAAAAUGAAUCAAAUGAAUUUAUUUCCAUUUACCGGAGAAGAUUGCCAUGUACGCAACAUGUUAGUGCAUAUUUAAUACUGUGGGUUCCCUUUUGAAACAUUGCACCCAUCUCUUAAAAAAUGCUGGCAUGUGCUGUUGUAUUUGUUGAAAAGUGCAUAUUAAAUAUUUCCUGUUGAUAUUCAGUAGGAGUAGCUUAUGUGGCAGUAAUGAGUUUAUUCUCAUAUUUAUCUAAACUCAGUGUCCCAAUAAUCCUUGUUCUCGUUAGACACCAAAUGCCAGUUUUAAACUAGGUAAAGUGAUUAAAGGAAUAUUGUAAAAAACAAGUGUUCUUUGUUAGAAAGAUGCCUGUACAAAGUAGCAUUUAUAAAUAAAAAGCAUUAGCAGAAUCAGUAAAACAAAACUUCCAAUUGUUUCUCUUUUAUGAAGAUGGCCAUCUUUAUGAAAGGAAUUUUCUGCUCAAAACCAUUCAUAAUGUGACUGCCAGAAUAUGAUUCCUUGACCUGUAGUUCACGUAGAGAAAUACAAGAAGCCACUAAAAAAAACUGUCUCAGCCGGUCUUCACAUCUACUGAGAUAGAAGCUAUAAAAAAAAUAGCUGGUAACGAUGAGGUGAUAAAUGCCAGUUCUUUUGUCCGAAGAAAUCCAACAAGUGUUGACGAUAAUGAUAGUGUUAUGAGGUGACAGGGUAAAUACGAAUUGCUGUUUAAGUGUCUACUUUGCCUCUAUGGUGACUCACAUAAAAAGUGUUUGUUGUCAAGAAAACAUGUGGUACCAAACCGUACUGACCAUAGUCUUUGACUUGGUCCGAUGUCGCAGAACUAAUGUGCCGCCAGCUCACUAGGUGGCAUUUGUGGUUAGAGGGUAAAACAAUGACUGCAUCUACUAAACAGCAAAAGUGUCAGUAUUUUGACUGUUCUUUAAUUUAAUGUGUGAUUAUAUUUUAUUGUUAUAGCAAACUUGUGUUAAAUAUACCAUAUUUCCUCUAAUAAGCACCCGGGAGCUUAUUCAUUUCAAAAUUGUUGCAGACCCGGCGCUUAUUUAUUUUUUCAAACAUAUUUUAGAAAUUAACGCUAAAAACUACAAACUUACAAUUUUUUUUUUUAAACUUUAAUUUCGAACUGUAACAAAACUUUAAAACUUUAACAAAACAAUGAAUUAAUUAACAUUAUUUUUCCGUGUCAUUGCUUGAAGAGGCCUCAACAGGAACUUAAAAAUAAUAGUAUACUGUAACUUAAAUCAAUAACAUGAAAAUGGUGAAUUAACCGUCACUAACAAACCUAAAUGAAAAGGGACCCAUCAUUUUUAAUAAGUUGUUUUCUGUUGUUUGUUUUUAAUUAUGCCAGGGAGUAAUUGGUUUUCGGCUGUCUUACCUGGCAUUUAUUGUUACAGACCCAGUGCUUACUGGAGGCCGGCGCUUGUAAGAGGAAAUAUGGUAUACAUGUAUUGCUGAAAGUCUGUAGUGGUAAAAAAGCCUCAAUUUAAUAUUGCUUUUAAGAACACAUUGCUUUGUCUUUAAAGAUGCUACAUGUAUAUCAUAGUUAAGAAUGCAUAUUUCACUAUUUUUACAUUUAUUUGUUAUAAAUAAUUCCACAUUAAUUGAUCCUACAUGUCAACUUUGCAAAAAUAACUUGAAUAUCGAAAUUGUAAAGAGCUUGCACGCCAUGUGGACCGAGUCAUGUUCAGUACAAGUAGAUUCAUGAUUUAAAUCGAUGAAUCCAUGAAAUCAUUGAAUCACACAAUUUGUUAAGUUUACUGUCUGCAGCUAAAUAGAGCUGUUGGAGACAUGGAUUUGCACAAAGACAACUCAUUGGCAACAUCGCUGGGCAUAAUAUUACAGUGUUCACCUCAACAAGUUAUUCACUAAAGAUUCUUCAAUUAUUAUUUUUUUGUACUAGUAACAGAUUAUUAAGUUGUAAAAGAAGUGCAGUAUAUACUGAGAUGCCUAAAUAACGGAAGUAUUUUGAUGAAUAUUUUCUUAUAGAAAUGUCAUAUCACAUAUAUUCUGUAUUAUGUAUGUGGACAAAUGACGUAUUGGUAACAACUGUAAGUGAAAGAGGAUUUUGGUCAAAGCAGAAAAAUAAAUAAAGCAAGAAAAAAUUAAUUUGAAGCAAGAAUCAUAACUUUGGUGUUUAAUGCAACUACACAACAUUGCAUAUGGAAAUACCUUUGACUACACUGGUCUUAAAUUAAAAACACCCCCCUCCAAUUUGAAUAAAAUCUUUGAGUUGUUUACCAAUAUCUCAUUUGUCCUCGUAUAUAUGAUAUAUCAUUUCUAUAAGAAAAUAUCGGUGAAAAAUCCAUUGCGAUAUUUAUGCUUCUGUGUAUACUAGUAGUUGAAGGUACAUGUAUAAUGUUAACAAAACAAAACUUAAUAAACAAUUUUGGCAGGAAGCUGUCAUUAUGCAACUUUGAUAUAGCACUUUUAAGCAGGUUUAUUUUUCUUCAGUUGACUGUUUUCCAUUGGAAUUUAUUGUCUGCUUGAUUGGUGCCAACUGUACAUGUUAUCAAGUUGAACAUGAUCUGGAAUAAAUAUUUCAUAUUAAAUAUACAGUGUUCAUGAAAUAAUAUUCUUGAUACUUAAAGAAUCUUCAAGGGUUGACACUAUAUUAUUUGGAACAUGUAUUUAUAUAAUUAAGUGUUUAAUUUUCAAAAUCAUACAGAGGUUUAUGAACCUCCUAAUAACUUUUAAAUGUUUAAUAAACAAAAAUCAUAAAUUAAAAAAAUUUACUUUCUAUACCUCAUCUCAACCUCCACUAAUAGUGGGGUUUUUUAAUAAUAAUUAAAAAAUAUUUUGCAAAUAACAAAACUACUGUUUCUAUAUGUAUUUAUGUUUGUGAAAACAUUGGUCAGGAUAUAAAUUAAACAACAAAACUUA